CAUCAGAAGGGCUUGUUUAGUGCUCUCACGCCCCCUGGUGGUUGUCUCCAUAACAAGCGUUUGGCGAAGGAAGUGCCACCGUGUCCAAAGGUCAUUGUAUGAAACCUCCAAUCUGGAUCGAGGUAGUAGCAAUAGGAAGAAGAAGAUAGAGGAAUUCUCUAGGUCUUCUCGAGAGAAACUAGUCCAGUCGAAGAACAAAAUGUUCUCCAAAUUUACGUCCAUUCUCCAGCACGCUGUAGAAGCGCUUGCCCCUUCGCUGCCAUUACAGGAAGACUUUGUCUAUCACUGGAAGGCCAUUACACAUUAUUACAUUGAGACUUCUGAUGACAAAGCGCCAGUUACAGACACCAACAUCCCAUCCCACCUGGAACAGAUGCUGGACAUCCUGACCCAGGAGGAAGCCGAAAGGGAGUCUGGAGAGACAGGACCCUGCAUGGAGUAUCUCUUACACCAUAAGAUCCUGGAGACUCUCUACACCUUGGGCAAGGCAGAUUGUCCUCCUGGAAUGAAGCAGCAGGUGCUCACCUUCUACACAAAGCUGCUGGCACAUAUUCGACAGCCCCUCCUGCCACACAUCAACGUCCACAGACCUGUACAGAAACUGAUCCGUCUGUGCGGUGAGGUGCUUGCUGCUCCUACAGAAAAUGAAGAGAUCCAGUUCCUUUGUAUAGUCUGUGCCAAACUGAAGCAGGACCCUUAUCUCGUCAACUUCUUCUUAGAGAAUAAGUCAAAGAGACCUGAGAUAAAGAGCCCUGUGGCAACAGAAGCGGGGAAGGAAAACGCCUUGUCUCCAGACACUGGUCAGUCUCUGGCACAGGAACAAGCUGACCACCAAGAUGAACCACAGGCUGCAGCUGCUGUCUCCACAUCCAGUCCAACAAGUAACAAUAACAGCAACAACUACAAUCUGGUCACCUCCCUGCUCAACCUCACAAAGAGUCCUGAUGGCAGGAUUGUGGUGAAGGCUUGUGAGGGCCUGAUGCUGCUGGUCAGUUUACCAGAGCCUGCUGCUGCCAAGUGUUUGACUGAAAACACCGAGCUCUGUGAGCUUCUCACCGACAGGCUGGUCUCCUUUUAUAAAGCCCUGCCACAGUCCAUGGACCCCUUGGACAUUGAGACUGUAGAGUCGGUCAACUGGGGUCUAGAUGUAUAUAACCUGAAGGAGGAUGCUGCUGUCUUCACAGGGAAGAGGGCUCUCAUCUCCUUCUUGUCCUGGCUUGAUUACUGUGAUCAGCUCAUCAAGGAAGCACAGAAGUCAGCAGCUGCAGUGAUGGCAAAAGCAGUGAGAGAAAGAUUCUUUGUUUCUGUGAUGGAACCACAGCUUAUGCAGACGUCUGAGGUUGGCAUCCUGACCUCGACAGCUCUGCUGAACAGAAUCAUAAGGCAGGUGACAUCGGAGGCUCUGCUGCAGGAGAUGGUUUACUUCCUGCUGGGAGAGGAGAGAGAACCCGAGACUUCAGCUACAAUCGCUCAGAAUCCACUUAGACACAGACUCAUCGAGCACUGUGAUCACCUGUCAGAUGAGAUCAGCAUCAUGACCCUGCGGCUAUUUGAGCAGUUAAUCCAGAAGCCCAACCAGCACAUCCUCCACAACUUGGUGCUGCGCAGCCUGGAGGAGAGGAAUUACUUGGAGAAUAAACCACAGGAAGAGCGGGAGCCGCUCGAAAAUGGCCAGCCUCAUGAUGCUGUAGAUCUUGAGGAGGAUCCACUGUUUGGUGAUGACCUUUCUCCAGAGAGGAAGCUGUCUGGGUCUGACUGGCUCAGCACUUCUCCACCACAAAGUCCUGACCAUUCAAAGUCUGAGGGGAAAACAGAAGUCCACAAGAUCGUGAACAGUUUCCUGUGUCUGGUCCCCGAUGAGGCCAAGUCAUCAUAUCACGUUGAAGGCACAGGAUACGACACCUACCUCAGAGAUGCACACAGACAGUUCAGGGACUAUUGUGGCAUCUGCCAGCGGUGGGAUUGGAGGGGAAAUCCAAAGCCUUUUGAGAAGUGUAACUUGGACAUCCCGUUCUUUGAGGGCCACUUCCUUAAGGUUCUCUUCGACAGGAUGGGUCGCAUCCUAGAUCAACCCUAUGAUGUCAACCUGCAGGUGACUGCUGUGCUGUCCAAACUGUCUUUGUUGCCACACCCUCACUUGAAUGAAUACCUGCUGGACCCCUAUAUCAACCUGGCCCCUGGAUGCAGGUCCCUGUUCUCUGUCAUCGUCAGGGUGGUUGGAGAUCUCAUGUUGAGGAUUCACCGUAUCCCAGACUUCACACCCAAACUCUUGCUUGUGAGAAAGAGAUUAUUAGGCAUGGAGCCAGAGGGCAUCACUAUCGACCACAUGACCUUGCUGGAGGGGGUGAUUGUGCUGGAGGAGUUCUGCAAAGAGUUGGCAGCCAUCGCCUUCGUCAAAUACCACGCAGCUGCCUCGUCCUCGCCGUAAUCGUCCUGCUGUUCGUCCAUCUGCCUCGACCGGGCAGACAGGUCAGGAUGGAACUGGGCUAUUGGAGGUGCCGUAGUACCGGUGGCACAGGGUCGGCAAAAUAUUACCACUAACUGUUCAUCUCUGUCAGACUGUUAAAGCCCACACCGACGGGUGUCAUCACUCCCCUUCCUCUGACCUCUCGGGCUUCACUAUAAAACUGUCUCAGUCUUGUUUUUGAGCACGGACAGACACUGUCCAGCCAGCAGAGGAAUAAGAGGAGGAGAGAGGUUGGGGUGCAGAGAAAUGUUCACUGGACUCUUUUGAGCCUCUGCAAUUUUUCUCACAGCCCCAUCCUUCCAUCUUUGUUUUUCACCAGCCAAAAGAUGACAGCCCUGUAAUUUACUACAUCAAGGACGAAAGAUGUUUGUGUAUUUAUUUUCUGUCCCAUUACCACCCAUCUGUAAAUGUCAUUGCCUUAGUGUGGACUCACACCUUUCAGUUAAAGAAAACUGUUUCCUUUUGAAACAUUUUUUUUAAUCUUUACCCCUCACAUCGUUGUCUGUUUGAAGACAAGCAGAAUCAUCAUGUGCGUAUAUGUACCUGUAGUUACAUCUAAAGAGCUGUAGUGUUUGAAGAUGCUGCGCUCGUGUUUUAAAUGCCAAGUCAUCGUAUUUAUUUGUCUGCUUUCAGGUUGCCUUUUUUUUAACUAAUGUAAACAGUCUGUGUAAUGACUGACUGAGAGGAUCCUCUUUAGUGUUCAUUUUCUUUCCUGUUUGUAAGUGCUUCGCUCUGAAAGCUCAUCUGUAAUCACCGUCAUCCAAAGAUAUCACCAUCCGUCGCUUUUUGUUAAAUGAAAAUGGUGAAUUUGCAAAUUCUGCCAAUUUGCACAUGGACCUUCAUUGCACUUGUUACAUUAUAAGUUCAUUGGUUUGUCGAGACGUCUUUGUGCAGACUGCGUAUCCAGUGUUGGAAUUUUCAUACACCAGUGUUUGAUAUAUUUUAAGACAUGCUUGUUUUAUUUGUGUUUGCACGCUUUCUCUAUAAUUAUCGAUUAAUUUAUUUGAUCCAUUCAAGGGAAAACGUGGCGAAACCAACCCUAUUGAUUUUAUUUAUCAGUCUUAAAUAGGACUUGGGGCAUGCAACACAAUGUUUUUCUUCCUUUUGUUGGCUUAUUACAUUUAAAACUUUAUUUUGG